AUGGCCGACCAACAUGUGCCGCAAUUCCCGUCGCCGGGACCCUCGUCCGCUGCCGACGAAUACUCGGCCAACCCUCAUUUCAUUCAACUCCAAGAAGAGCUUCGGUGCGUCCUCCUUGCAGGCGUAAGCUCCCAUGAUCCCGGCAAUGCCACCACUCCCGAGCCUACUAGUACAGACGAACAGCCACCGCCCGAUCAAGUAUCCGUCCCGCCGUCCGAGUUUGACUUCUCCAGGGUCCCUGGGAUUCCCAAGAUCAAACUUAUCGGCCAUCUCAAGAACUGGAUCACUGAGUGCGCACCGUAUCUCGACAACUUUGACCGUGAGAGACACUUUGGCAUCCAUGUGCCUGUCCUGGCACGGCAGUCGCCGCCAUUAUUCUACGCCGUCUUAGCCUUUUCCGCUCGUCAGAUGGAGCGGAAAGCACUCCUGGAAGAAAAUAGUGACGACAUCCUAGAGCUGUACCAGGAAUCCAUCAGCCUCCUUGCGCCUAGUCUGCAAGUCAAAGACUCCAACAUACUGGUGACGGCCUGCAUACUCGCCCUCUCGGGGCUCAUGUCCGGCAGCCCUCGCAACUGGCGCCAGCACAUCGAAGGCUGUGCGGCCCUGUUUGAGUCCUUCGAGGUUGACGGUUUCUCCGGUGGCCUGCUGCAAGCAGUCUUCUGGUGCUAUGCACGCAUGGAACUUUGUGGAGCUAUCAUAUCCGGCGGCGCAGAGACUACAGUCCUCCCGCUGAAUAAAUGGAUCCCUCCAUUGCCAGCAGGCGUCUCAACCAACGAUGAAAUUGACCAACAUGCACGAACAGCCUUCUAUCAGAGUGGGCGGGAUAAUACGGGUAUGCACGCCAAUUGGUCCGUGUAUUUGUGUGCAAAGGCAUGCGACCUGGCGUACCGGCGGACGAGGGUGCUUGAGCUUCAAGAGCCAGAUGAGUCGGAUACCAGGCCAUUCGUCGAACAAUGGACAAGACUAUGGGGCGAUUUGCAAUUCUGGCUGGACUCAAGGCCGUGGUCAAUGCUUCCGACUGCUACAUCGCCGCCGCCUGAGCCGUUCCAGGAACACGUAUUUCCCGUAAUACUAUUCUCGGAUUAUCCCGCCAUCUCAUCUAACCAGUUGUACCACACGGCAUGUAUCAUCAUGCUGGAAACGCGGCCGCCAGAAGCACAAGUACCGUCUCCACAGAGCUCGCCCAUUUGGCAUGCAGGAAGAGUCUGCGGAAUAUCGUGGACGAACCCGCACAAGGCGAGCCUCGUCAAUGCCAUCCAGCCGCUCUACUUGGCAGGGCGGCUGCUCACUCAUUCGAGCCAACAGUUUCAGGUCGCCAGGCUAUUGCAGAUUAUCCAUCGGACUACAGGGUGGGGAGCGUUGUGGCGAUUGCGAGAUUUGGAGACAGAAUGGGGAUACAAGUCCGAGGAGAUCUUGGGCAGAGUGACAACAAAUGCAUGA